AUGAAGCUCAAAAACCAGAAUAACCACCUCUCGUUAACCCCUACGCUCACAAAUUAUAGUAUACCUAAAGAACAUACUGUAAUUUGUGACAUUCAAGAUACCCUUUUGAUAAAUUCAAAAUCAUUUUUUCCUUACUUCAUGCUGGUUGCUUUCGAAGGAGGAAGUAUACUCAGAGCAUGUUUCUUGUUGUUAACCUACCCUCUAUUGAUUCUCUUAAACCAUGACCACAUGCUCAGGUUGAUGAUCUUAAUCACAUUUUGUGGGAUGAAUGUCCAAAACUUGGAGAACAUUAGUAGGACAGUUUUGGCCAAGUUUUAUCUUGAGAACUUAGACCAUCAAGUCUAUGAGUUAGUCUUUGGAAACAAUAAAGAAGUAGGAACCACACGGGUUGUGGUGUUAACUAGUGUACCUAGAAUGAUGGUAGACGGGUUUUGUAAAGAGUAUUUGGGUUUUUAUAAUGUGGUUGGGACCGAGUUGCAUAGUGUUGGGGGUUAUUAUAGCGGGUUUGUGGCUAGUUCCGGUGUGGUUGUGAAACAAAAAGUAUUGAAGGAGUGGUUUGGUGAUGAAAUCAAACAAGAGUUUGGUGUAGGAAGCUGUGAAGCAACUUAUGUGAUGAUCCAUGAAGAUACAAAGAUGUAUUCAAGAAGACAAAUGCCAAGAGACAAGUAUCCAAAACCAUUGGUUUUUCAUGAUGGAAGGCUUGCUUUUCUUCCAACUCCACUUGCAACGUUAGCCCUCAUUUUAUGGUUCCCUUUUGGCAUUUUCGGUGCAUUACUUGGACUCUUAGCAGGCGUCUUCCUCCCACAUAAAGUGAAUAUCUUUGUAUGUGCUAUAAUGGGGUUAAAACUUAGGGUUAAAGGUUGUGAUUACUCAAGGGAAAAGAGAACCAACGAACGUGAUGGUGGGGUUCUUUUUGUUUGCACACACCGUACUCUUUUGGAUCCGAUCUUCUUAACAUUGGCCAUCCGUAAGCCAUUAACUGCAGUUACUUAUAGUGUAAGUAAGAUGUCAGAGAUCUUAAGCCCAAUUAGAACGGCUAGGUUAACGAGAGAUAGGAAAAUAGAUGGAGAGAUAAUGAAUAAGUUAUUGAUUGAGGGGGAUUUGUUUAUUUGUCCCGAAGGAACAACUUGCAGGGAGCCUUACUUGUUAAGGUUCAGCUCUUUGUUUGCGGAGUUGACGGAUGAGAUUGUGCCUGUUGCCGUGAACACACAUGUGACCAUGUUUUACGGGACAACUGCAAGCGGAUUCAAGUGGUUGGACCCGAUUUACUUUUUGAUGAAUCCUAGACAAACCUACUAUGUUCAUGUACUGGAGAAAUUGGACAAGGGACUCACUUGUGGUUUUGGAAACAAAGCUAGCCAUGAGGUGGCUAACCACAUCCAAAAACUACUUGGUCGUGCAUUAAUGUUUGAAUGUACAAAACUUACUAGGAAGGACAAAUAUUUGAUGCUUGGUAGUAACCGGAUUAUGCAUGAUGAUUAUACUAAAAAUUCCUAA